AGGGAGGGCGGUGCCGGGGCUUCCCUUCCCUCCCCUCCCCGUGUUGCUCCGCGGGGGUUGCAUUGGAAUUUGUGAGUGUUUAUUUGUGAAAACGAACUGGGGUUUAUGGACUCGUUUGGGGUUUCUUUUUCCCCCGCUGUAGCCUGAUCUGCCUCCUCAGAGAAAGAAGUGAUGAGCGUGUUUAAUGUGUCUAAAAAUGCGUUUGCAACCCACUCAAGCUGUCAGGAGUGGUGAAUGGCCUUAUUUAUUUAUUUACUUGUUUACACGUACGUGCUGAUAAUGACAAAAAUAUUCCGAUUUUAAAGCAUUGUAAAACAAACAGGAAAACAAAUUAUUAGCUUAUUUUAAUUUGGCUAUUUAUCUUAAACAAAGAAUGAUAGAGAAAUCAAGAUGUACGUUUUACAGGUCUUUUGUGUAGUGAUGUUUAGGCAGGGUCUUGUUACUCAUUCUGCAGGGUCUGGGGGCUCCUGGCCUUUCCUCCCCGUGGGCUGCAGGGAGAUCGAGUGGCUUCCUGGGGUUGUACCCGGUGCACUGGGGGGGUCCCUGGGAUGGCUCCAGCCUCCCCUCCCAAAAAAAACCAGGCAGGGCUUUGCUGGUUACAGACACGCUGGGGCACUCAGAGCACCCCCUGUCUGUGGGAGCCCCCUCUGCACAGGGGCUCUGUGCCCAUCCUGGGCUGUGCCUGGAGCGUUUCCAUCCUGUGCCCAGAUAACUGCAGUGUGCAGCUCUGUGUGCAGCAGAUAAUUUGGGGACACCAAACUGGUGUGUGGGAGGAGAUCCCUGCGCUGGGCUGGGCUGCCUUUAUAUAAGGAGGGGGAAGGCUGUGUUUUCUUCUGCAUUCAAAUCUGCUGGAAGCCUUGUUUGUUUUGAAAGGAGGGAGAAGCCCUUCGGAGAGGGCGCCUGGGUGCGGGAGGACAGCGGUGCCGUGCUGGAGGCCCCCGGGCUGGUGUGCACGGGCAGAGCACGAUGCCUUUCCUGCACGGCUUCCGCAGGAUCGUCCUGGAGUACCAGCCCCUGGUGGAUGAGCUCCUGGGGCUGCUCGCCACACCUGACACGGAAAGGCAGAGCUCCCUGGAGAGCCCUGCCUGCCUGGACAGUGACAGGAACCAGCUCUCAGCUAUGAGAAGAGUCCUGGAGAGGGAGACCCACUCCCCGUUUUAUCAGGAAGGUGUGAGCUAUGCCCUGCUGAAGGUCACUGAGCUGGGGCUCGUCCCUGCUGCAGAAAUCCUCCUGAAAUUUGGUGCUGAUCUCAGCUUUGAAGACCCAGUCACCUACUACACUCCCCUGCACAUGGCGGUGCUGCGGAACCAGCCGGACGUGGUGGAGCUCCUGGUGCAGCACGGCGCCGACAUCAACCGCAGAGACCGGAUCCAUGAGAGCAGUCCCCUGGACCUGGCCAGCGAGGAGCCCGAGCGGUUGCCGUGCCUGCGGCGGUUGCUGCAGCUGGGGGCCGAUGUCAAUGCUGCUGACAAGAACGGCGCAGAUGUCAGGGCUGCCACCAAAGAUGGUGACACUGUCUUCACCUAUGUCAUCUACCUGCUGGGGGAGAUGGCGUACAGCUGCACUGAGGAGGAGGUCGAGGAUAUCGAGCGCUUCUGCUUCCGUGUCACACAGCUGCUGCUGGCCCACGGUGCCAACCCCAGCGAGUGCCCAGCCUCAGAGUCCCUCACACACUUCUGCUUAAAAAGCUUCAAAGACUACUUCCCACUGCUGCGGUUCUUGCUGGAGUCAGGUGCUGCCUACAACUGCUCCCUCCAUGGUCCCUCGUGCUGGUCUGGCUUCCACAUUGCCUUUGAGCACCUCUGCUGGCACCUCAGUCGCUUUGAUGAUGAAACCUAUUCCUCAGACCUCAUGCAGAAGGGUCAGACUCUGCUGGAGCUCAUGAUGGCCAGUUCACAAGCCAUCCAGCUGCCCAGAAAUUUUGAGGUCAACACUAGCAGCUGUAGGUUCCAUGGGGAGAAGGUCCAGACUCUGUUCUGCUCUCUGAAGCAGCUGGAGCGCUCGCCACAGGCACUGAAACACCUCUGCAGGGUGUUCAUCCGGCAGCGCCUCAAACCGUGGCCAGUGGAUGACAAAAUCAAGGCUCUGCCUCUCCCAGACCGGCUGAAGUGGUACCUCCUCAUCGACCACGCUGCUGCUGGGCAUGAGGACCUGUGAGCCUGACAGUGCCUCUCUGUCUGCUCCCUCCACAGCCCUGCUGGGCCUACUGCCACCAUCUUUCUGCUCUGAGACAGUUUUCUCUGCAGCAAGAGGUGCUGCCCUUGGAGUUGCUCUCUGUGGCAUUCUGGGGGUGCUUUCUUGGGCACAACGUGUGUUUGUGAAGGUCUCGUUGCUCUGGGGCACGUCAAGGGGAGGCAGGCAGAGCUCCUGGGCAUGGGGGAGCUGGAUACUGGGGCUGGUUUGGAGGGAGAUUAAGCAAAGGCCUGGGGACAGGAUCAGUGGGUUGGGGGCUGUGACUGGACAGGCAGCCUGUCCCCUCUCUCCCAGCCCUGCCAUGAGUGGGUGAUGCAGUGCCUUAGGUGUCCAGUGGAGUUGAGAGAUGCCUUGGGGUGCUGGGAGAAGGAAGAGGUGUUCUGGCUUUCCUGCCUCUGGUCCUGGUGGUGGAAGCAGGUCUGGCAUCAUCCUGUGGCUGUGCCUUCCUUGCUCAGCGUGGACUUGUGACACCAAGGAAGGGAGUGAAGUGGGGCUGGCGGUGGUACCUGUGCCCUUUGAGUUUCUGCACCCCAUCCUGGCACAGAGGACCAUCCACUAAGGACAUCUCAAGAGUUACUGGGCUCCAAAACACACAAAGGAAUGUUUCCUAACUUCAUGGUGCGUUCCCUGUGCAAGGAUGAGGAAUGGGCAGUCACAGCUGAGUGCCUUGUACCUCCCUCCCCAUUCUUUGGUUCCUUCCCUUGGUGACUGCUCCCAGGAUUUUAUUCUCCAGUGCCUCCUUCCCAGGAACAAGAAAUUGCUGCCCCUGGAGGGCUUGUGUUCCAGCCUUGCCACAGCUGCCUGGCUCCCCUUUCUAGACACCUGCUUCCUUGUGACGUGCCAAAGACUGGCCACAGAACUGAACCCCACAGUUUUGUUGGUUUGUACUGUUUUUCAUGGGGGACAGAUGCAGAAGAUGAAGAGGAAAAAUGUGUUCUGAUUAAAGCCAGUUUGUAUCAGGUGGAUCUGGGAUUCACUGGCAGUUGGACUGGAACUGUAUGUCCUGAUAAACUGGUGCUUAAAAAAAAUCCAGUAAUGUGAUCAAA